AUGCUGGGGGGUGAGGCUGGAGCUCCUAGUUUUAGGAUGCCAGAACAGAGCAACGAUUAUAGAGUCGUCGUUUUCGGAGCCGGAGGAGUCGGUAAAAGUUCUCUCGUUUUGAGAUUCGUCAAAGGAACUUUUAAAGAAUCCUACAUACCGACAAUCGAAGACACGUACAGACAGGUGAUUUCGUGUAAUAAAAACGUUUGCACACUUCAAAUCACCGACACGACGGGUUCGCAUCAAUUUCCGGCAAUGCAAAGGCUAUCGAUAAGCAAAGGUCACGCGUUCAUAUUGGUGUACAGCGUGACGUCGAGGCAAAGUUUGGAAGAACUUAAACCCAUAUGGGAAGUCAUAAAGGAAAUAAAAGGAAACGAAUUGGCGAGCAUACCCAUAAUGCUCGUGGGAAAUAAAUGCGACGAAAUGGAAAAUCGUGAAGUCGAUUUAUCCGUCGGCGAGGCCGAGGCACAAAGUUGGGGUUGUUCGUUCAUGGAAACAUCAGCGAAAACGAAUCACAACGUCAACGAACUUUUCCAGCAGCUGUUAAACAUGGAGAAAAAUCGUAAUAUAUCUCUACAAUUCGAUGGUAAAAAAAUAAGAUCCGAUAAAAUGAUGGCGACGGGUAAAAUAAAAGAAAAAUGUUUAGUCAUGUAG